AUGUUCGCACAUCCACCGCCCAGCGCCUCAGCAACGACGUUCGCCAAUGUGCAAGUCAUCAGCGUUGAUGGGGCCGGUGAAGCUACGCUCGGGUUCCUGUACAAAGACAUGACGGUCGAUCGAUUGAAGCGUGCUAUCGUAUCGGUUCUCAGACGGCCGGCGUAUAUAUGGGAGGAUAUGAAUCUGUAUCAUCUUGGCGUCGUGAUGAAGAAUGAUCAGACUUUGGGACGGUGUGGGUUGUUUGAUGGAGCGGUAAUCCGGUAUUCAUUCGAGAGUCAAAGAUUCGACAGAAGUCGACAGGCGUCAACGGCUUCUUUUUCCAACGAGCUGUGGAGUUUCGAUUCUUGUGGCGAUGUCCCGUUCUAUGAGGAGGAGUUGAGGACCAUCCUAGCGCUGGAUACGGAGCAGAGUCGCACGUUGCUGGGGAUGCCGAAUGCGAAGAUGUUUGUGGAGAAUGUGUUGCUUGAGCGAGGGCUAAUUUCGAGUCGAUGA